UUUUUUCUCUCUUUCUUUUCUUGUUGCUAGCUAACUGCAAAGUCAACGGUUUCCUUCACGCGCGUGCCACUGAAACAGCUGCAGCUGCUUCUGAUGAUGCUGAUGCUGCUCACUGGCUGAACCCCGCCCACCUCGGCGCGCUAUUGGCUAAGACGUGUCUCUCAGCGCCGCUCUCGUCCACUUGCUAUUGGCUGGCUGUCCCACGUGUGACGCUUGAAAGUGCGAAGAGGCAGCUCGCGAGCCGGAGUUGAGCACUCGGAGUUGGGAGCGGCGUGAUGACGGCAGUUGGAUAGCUUCGGCUCGAGUAUGUGAAGUUAUCUUUCUCUCCUCCACCACCGCCCCCCUGAUUUUCCUUUGGAAAACAUUUCACUCAAGCCGCCGAGGCUUCGUAGAAAGAAGGGAAAUGUUGCGAAUUUGAGGAGGAGAAAGACCCCAGAGAUGCGAGCUCUGAGUGCACGCGGUCGCUGUUGGGACGUCGCCGUGCUUCUCCUCCUGUGCGCGAAGUGCGCGUGCGGCCGAGGAACUACGGGAGACGCCGUUUCCGACCCGUCCUCCGUCGGCGGGACGUUGCCGCACUUCCUGCAGGAGCCAGAAGACGCCUAUAUCAUCAAGAGCAACCCGAUCCGCUUGCGGUGCCGUGCCACACCCGCCCUGCAGAUUUUCUUCAAGUGCAACGGGGAAUGGGUUCACCAGAACCAGCACACGGUCCAGGAAUACAUGGACCAGAACACGGGUCUGAAGGUGCGUGAGGUGAUGAUAAACGUCUCACGGCAGCAGGUGGAGGAUUUCCACGGCCCUGAGGAUUACUGGUGCCUAUGCGUGGCCUGGAGUCACCUGGGCACGUCCAAGAGCCGCAAAGCCACCGUGCGCAUCGCCUACCUGCGUAAGAACUUUGAGCAGGACCCGCAGGGGAAGGAGGUUCCCAUCAGGGGCAUGAUCGUUCUGCACUGCCGGCCUCCAGAGGGUGUGCCUGCUGCCGAGGUGGAGUGGUUAAAGAACGAUGAGCUGCUGAGUUCGCUUGACGACAACAUUGACACUCGAGCCGACCACAACCUGAUAAUUAACGAAGCGCGACUCUCCGACUCGGGGAACUACACCUGCCUGGCCAGCAACAUCGUUGCCAAGAGACGCAGCGCCACGGCUACCGUGGUCGUCUUUGUGAACGGAGGCUGGUCUCUGUGGACGGAGUGGUCUCAGUGCAGCGUGGAUUGUGGGAGAGGAGUACAGAAGCGCUCUCGGACCUGCACUAACCCGGCUCCGCUGAACGGAGGAGCCUUCUGCGAGGGCAUGUCUGUACAGAAGAGCACCUGUAAUGCACUCUGUCCCGUGGACGGAGGAUGGGACGAGUGGAGCGAGUGGACGGCAUGUAGCGCUCAGUGUGACAGGCAGAGAUGGAGGGAGUGUACCGCGCCGGCUCCCCGCAACCACGGAAGAGCCUGCGAGGGCAAAGGUCAUGACGUGGAGAACUGCACCGGCGGCCUGUGCACUCAAGAUGGGAAGAUGCUGCAUGAUGUUAAGCCUCAGAGUAUGGAUGGCUCCAACGAGGUGGCGCUGUACUCGGGACUGGCAGCAGGAGCCAUCGCCGUCACUGUCCUCAUCAUAUCUGUUACGUUGUACCGCCGGAGCCAGAGCGAAUACGGCGUGGAUGUCAUCGACUCGUCUGCCCUCGCUGGUGGAUUCCAGUCCUUCAACUUCAAAUCCACCAGACAAGGCAAUCCUUUGCUUCUGAAUUCGUCCGCCCAGCCUGAGCAGACCUACAGCUUCCGUGACCCUGUGGGGAAAGAGCUGUUCGACCCGCUGCCUGACGCCACAGCUAAAGUCCAGAGCUCCUUCACGGCUGAGUACCACUCCAAGACCUACCCCCAGGGCCUGGCGUCACCAGUGCCCACCAACAACGGACCCUACAACUCCUAUAAGACUCAUCUGAGGAGCAGCGGCGUGUUCGGACACCAGGGAGGACGACUCGUCAUGCCCAAUGCAGGAGUCAGUCUGCUGGUGUCUCAUGCGGCCAUCGCCGAGGACACGUCCUGGGAAAUGUACAUGCUCAUCGAUCAAGGAGAGUCCAGCGCACCAUCGUUAGAGAGAUGCGAAAUCCUGCUGGGGCCAGAGGUCACGUACGGCCCCCCAGGUCUCAGUCUGACCUCCCCUGUUGCCAUGACGAUAGCCCACUGUGCCGAGGUCAUCGGCGAGAACUGGAGCGUUCGCCUGAAGAAGAAAACGAAGGACGACGAGUGGGAGGAAGUGAUGUCGGCAGAGGACGAUUCGACUUCCUGCUACUGCCUCCUGGACUCUGGAAGGUGCCACCUGCUGCUGAGCGAGCCGGGCUCGUAUGCCCUCGUGGGCGAACCGCUGAGCGACAGCGCCACCAAGAGGCUGAAGGUGGCUGUGUUUGGCAGCUCACAGUCCUCUAUGAGCUACAGUCUGCGGGUGUACUGCGUCGACGACACGCCUCACGCCUUUCAGGGAGUAGUGACUGCAGAGAGCAACAGGCAUGGCUUGCUCCUGGAGGAACCCAAGACUCUUCUGUUUAAAGGGAACACCUACAGUCUACAGGUCUCCAUCCAGGAUCUGCCCCAGUUCCCCUGGAGCAUCAAACCCUUUAGCACCUGUCAGGAGUUCUCCUUCUCGCAGGUAUGGAACAGUAACCAGCAUCCUCUGCACUGUGCCUUCUCUCUGGAGCGCUUCAAUGUCGGCACCAUGCAGCUCUCCUGCAAGAUCAGCGUGCGCCAGGUCAAAGGUCACGAGCAGAUCCUGCAGGUCUAUACCUGUGUGGAGGAGAAGGAGAAGGAGACGCUCCCAUUUUUUAUGCAGACCGACUGCACGGUCACCUCCCAGACGGGCGCUAAAGCCUUCAAAAUCCCUCCGUCCAUUCGGCAGCGCAUCUGCGCCACCUUCGACACUGCCAACACCAAGGGCAAGGACUGGCAGCUCCUCGCUCAGAAACUCCACAUUCAGAGGAACCUGUCGUAUUUCGCUAAGCAGCGCAGCCCGUCCGGGGUCAUCCUCAGCCUGUGGGAGGCUCGGCACCAGGCCUCGGGAGACCUGGACUCCCUGGCCAGUGCGCUCGAGGAGAUCAGCAAGAUCCACUCGAAAAGCUCGGCCCAGAGUCCGAGCGAGACGCAGCCGGACUACAAUCAGUGACGGAGAGACGCGAACACUAUCAUUCUGUACACUCGUGACUCGAGUGCUCACGUCCGGCUCCAGACAAAGAGAGAGAUGUGAACAUGAAGGAUGCGGAACCACAGAGUAAAAGGACGCACCGCUUUAAAAAAGAAGAGGGGAACACUCGAAGAAAGUUCUGUCUCGGCUGUACCGUCAUUACGAGGAUCGGCUCGGGUCAUAAACCUUCUUGACCAUUUUUUUCUUUCUUUUAAGCUUCGCCACUGGUUCACAGGCAGCAUGGACCUUUAACGCUUCAGUGUGCUACUACUUACUUAUUUCGUGGUUUGGUUGCACUAUAAAGCAUUGUAGAGGUCAAAUAUGUGGCGCGUUUCAAUAGAAGCGACAUGGUUUCCCCUUCGUGAGUGAGGAUCUGUUUUUUCCGCACACUGUGUACUGCGACGUUUCGUGUUGCCGGUAGGGAGCCAUUGUAAAAGCAGGGACUGGGUCGCAGGUGAAUAAAAUAUGUGCUUUUCUGUUUAAUGUUGUUUUAAGAUGUGUAAGCAGAAGUUG